UUUAAGAACACCUAAAAAGUCUAUACUGUAAACGAAUUUAAUGUUUUCCAAAAAACAAGAUAUGGUCACAUCUCUAGUGGCAAAGUGACAAGCAAAAAUACGAAAAUGGUUCUGGAGAGUACUAUGAUAUGCUUUGAUAACAGCGACUACCAACGCAAUGGAGACUACUUUCCCACCCGUCUAAACGUCCAAAAAGAUGGCAUCAAUCUGGUCUGCCUUACCAAACUGCGAUCCAAUCCCGAGAAUAAUGUUGGACUUAUGACUUUGUCGAACACUGUGGAAGUGCUGGCCACACUCACCAGCGAUGUGGGCCGGAUCUUCUCGAAGAUGCAUCUGAUCCAGCCAAAGGGGGAGAUCAACCUUCUGACCGGAAUUCGUAUUGCCCACCUGGUGCUAAAGCACCGUCAAGGCAAAAACCACAAGAUGCGCAUCGUCGUGUUUGUGGGAUCACCCAUUAAUCACGAGGAAGGCGAUCUGGUGAAGCAAGCCAAGCGACUAAAGAAGGAAAAGGUCAACGUGGACAUUGUCAGUUUCGGCGAUCAUGGCAACAACAACGAGACGCUCACCGCAUUUAUCAAUGCGCUGAACGGCAAGGACGGCACGGGAUCUCAUUUGGUCAGUGUUCCGCGGGGAUCCGCCCUAUCGGAUGCCCUGCUCUCAUCACCCAUCAUUCAGGGCGAGGAUGGCUUGGGCGGGGCUGGCCUAGGCGGAAAUGUCUUUGAAUUUGGAGUAGAUCCCAACGAGGACCCCGAACUGGCUUUGGCCUUGCGUGUGUCUAUGGAGGAGCAGCGACAACGUCAGGAGAGCGAGCAGCGUCGCGCUAAUAGCGACGGAGUAGCCACAACCGGAGGCGAGACUGGCGGCGGCGGUGGUGGGUUGGGCUCUGGAACCGGCAAUGUUGAGAGCGCCGGAGCGGACAAUGAAGCCAACACCGAGGAGGCCAUGCUGCAGCGCGCAUUGGCCCUGUCCACCGAAACACCCGAGGACAACUUGCCGGACUUUGCCAACAUGACUGAGGAGGAGCAGAUCGCCUUCGCCAUGCAAAUGUCCAUGCAGGAUGCCUCCGAUGACACGGUCACUCAGCAGGCGAAGCGCCCAAAGACGGACGAGGCCAAUGCCCCGAUGGACGUAGACGAGGACUACUCGGAGGUGAUCGGGGACCCGGCUUUCUUGCAGAGCGUGCUGGAGAACCUGCCCGGGGUUGAUCCCCAAUCUGAGGCAGUGCGUGAUGCCGUGGGCUCUUUGAACAAGGACAAGGAGAAAAAAGGCGACGGCAAGGAUUCGCAGAAGAAAUAAAACGCAUCUAUGAUUAUAUCUUAUAAGCUCGUUUCAAACAUUUGUAUGCCCAUUAAAAUCAUUUGUAGCCCCUUAAAAAUUAUGCUUCAAGUGAAAAUAUAUACAUAAAUACAUUCGA